UACACGCGUGAGGCAGUGCGGGCAUGCAGGAUUUGAAUGGAAUUUUCUUGCAAUCAGCAUUUCAACUAACAUUCAAGUAAUUAUACCUAUGUAAUAAAUAUCGAUUGACUGGGGAUAUCUCUAACUUGCUAGCUAUGGCUUUAUAUUUAAAAGCCGCUGAGAUUCUUGACAAAGUGGAGCGUAAAGAGGGGGCUGUGAAAACUUUGGUGUACGACAGUAAAUUUCAGAACAUCAAGCAGCUCUUUGCCUUGGUCUGCGAGACACAGAAAUUCUCUCCUGUGCUUGAGGACAUCAUCACCACAACCAAACUGCUGAAGGAGACAAAACUCAAAAUGAACCUAGCCAAAGUUCUUGUGUACGAUUUCCUGAUUGGACAGGGGUUGAAAUGUGGUGGGAGCUGGAAGGCUAUGAUGAUGAAACAUAAAUCCCGAUUGCAAUCCACACUGGCCCGCUUGAAGGUCCAGAGGAAGGUCAGCCGCAACCAGGACCUGUUGUCCACAAGCAGUCAGCAGGUUGAGGGUGAUCAGUUGCCACGGUAUGUGCGUGUGAACACAUUGAAGACCACUGUGGGAGAUGUCAUUGACUACCUGAAAAGAGAGGGUUUCUCAUACCAGGGACAAGCCAGCAGGCUUGGAGACCUGACCAGUCUGUCUGGGAAAACGUUUCUGUCUGAUCUGCACCUCCCUGAUCUGCUCGUCUUUCCUCCCAAAAUGGACUUUCAUGCUCACUUUCUCUACCAGGCAGGACACAUCAUUUUGCAGGACAAGGCCAGCUGUCUCCCUGCCUACCUCCUAAACCCCCCUGAGGGGGCCCACGUCCUGGAUGCUUGUGCUGCUCCCGGGAAUAAAACCAGCCACCUUGCUGCCAUCAUGGGCAACAAGGGGAAGCUGUUUGCCUUUGACCUGGAUGCAAAGCGUCUGUCCACCAUGAGCACCCUCCUACUUCGUGCUGGUGUCACAUGUCAGCAGCUGGCCAAUCAGGACUUUCUGAAAGUGAACCCAGAGAGUCCUGAGUACAGCCAGGUGGAGUACAUACUACUCGACCCAUCCUGCAGUGGGUCAGGUAUGGUGUGCCUGCAAGACAGCCGCUCAGAACCCCAGGAGGAGGCAGGACGAUUGCAGGCCCUGGCAGCGUUCCAGCUGCGCUGCCUGAACCAUGCCCUGCGAUUCCCCCGUCUGCAGCGUCUGGUGUACUCCACCUGCUCCAUACAUACACAGGAGAAUGAGGAAGUAGUGGCCGCCUGCCUGCAGCAGAAUAAGGGCUACAGGCUGGUGCCUCUCCUGCCAGAGUGGCCUGAACGGGGGCUGGAGCCUCUAACGCAGUGCCUGCGUGCCAGCACCGCCAAGACCCGCACCCACGGCUUCUUCGUGGCCAUGCUUGAGCGGCGCACCCUUGGGGAAGAGGAGAAGGGCCCACAGAUACAACCCCUAGUCUGUGCCACAUCCCCAGAGGAUACCUGUCUCAGUGAAACAGAGGUGGCAGCACAGGAGACCAGCUGUACUGAGACACCACCAGAGAGACUGAAGACCAAGAAGAGGAAGAACAAAAAGAAGAAAAAACCCAAAGCUGAGGGUGAUUGAGCGGUUAUUAAACCAGGACAUCUACAACAGAAGAGCUUGGCUCAUACUAACGUGUGGCUCAGCCUUUUGGCAAG